CAUUUUUACUUCGCGCCGCCCUUUAGUCUAUAAAUUCGCCCCUCGUUAUGUGUGAACUGUAUUUGCAUCCGGAAUCUUCCAUCAGAGUUGCAUGUCAAAUCUACUCCCUUCGUCCAUUUAUACUUGUCCACUACACUAAAAAUAGAUUACUUGUCCAAUUAAGAAAACCAAGAGAUAAUACCAUCUUAUACCUAUUAUAUUAUUUCCAUUUUUUUUUAUGAAACUGCUAUCUGUAAUAUAUUAUUUCCAAUUCAUUUCCCAACAUAUAAUAAUUAGGGGUGAUAACUAGGAUUAUCAUUUUAUUUAUUGCUUCUUAAGGGCUAUGUCAAGUCAAACAUAGACAAGUAAUCAGGGGCAGAGGGAUUAUACCUUAAAGGUUUUUUUUUUUUUUUUUUUUUUUGGGUUUCCAGUUUAGUUUACUGAGGAAAUUGGUUAAAUUAUUCAGUUACCGGGAUUACUCAAGUUGGUCAUUGUCUAUGGAUUGGCAUUUGUUUUUAAUGUUGUUGGUUUUGAUGACCCAAUACAUUAUGAAGAUACGGCAUUUUUUUUUUUUUUAAGCUACAGUCAUAGAAUUAGGUCAGUUGAGGUAAAGUAUACCAUGGAAAAUAUGAUUAGAAAAGCUUGUGGUCCAGAUGAAUUUUGGAAGUGUCUUGGAGAGGUUGACGUAGGAUGACUUGUCAAGCUAUUCAAUGUUGUAUUAAGAAGUGGUUGGAUGCCUGAUGAGUGGAGAAAGAAAAGAUACUACUACCAAUAGUAAAAUCCCUUGUUGGUUAAGGAGAGAUGGAGUACAUGUUUGAAGUUGAGCAGAGUUUUUUUUGCACCUCCUCAAUCAAUACUCCUCUUUAUAUUUCUGAGUACUUGCUCUCCAUGUUGCUCUCAUCUAAAGCUCAGAGUCUAAAUAGCAGCGUUGAAGAGUUUGCACGUGCUGUUAUGGAGAAAAAGGGCGUUCCUGAUAUCAUUGUGAACAGUGCGGGAACUAUUAAUAGGAACAACAAGCUUUGGGAAGUGCCAGCUGAAGAGUUUGAUUCUGUCAUUGAUACUAAUCUAAAAGGAACUGCAAAUGUUCUGCGUCACUUUAUUCCCCUAAUGCUGGAGAAGAAGCAAGGAGUGAUUAUAAAUAUGUCUUCUGGAUGGGGAAGAUCUGGCGCGGCACAGGUGGCACCUUAUUGUGCUUCAAAAUGGGCAAUAGAGGGUUUGACAGGGUCAGUUGCGAAGGAGUUGCCCCCUGGAAUGGCAGCUGUUGCACUUAAUCCUGGUGUCAUCUACACGGACAUGCUUCAGUCGUGCUUUGGCAAUUCAGCAUCCCUCUACCAGACACCUGAGUCAUGGGCUCCCAAGGCAGCUAAUAUGAUACUAAAUCUGACCAUGGCCGAUAACGGCGCGUCUCUUUCUGUGUAAGUUUAUGCAGUUGAGUGACAUACUAGCUUUAGUAGGUAGCAGAGUGAUGGAAACCACCAGCAUUUGACUCCAUCGAGUAUGAUAUCAUUAUUCCCCCAGAGUUGUCUUAUGUUUUUGUGAGUUUAGGAGAUUUGAAAGAUUUGUAAUGUUUUGAGCAACUAAGCGGGGGUCAAAGGCAGUUUAGGCUUAUGUAAAUUUUUGUCUAUUUGUUUGAUCAAGUAGGUCAUUUUUUCCGAGCAAUGUUCUUGUUUUCAUUGCUAUUUGCUAAUGUAUCAGCUGGUCAUCCUCCUAAUCAUCCAUAACAUAACCAGAUUUGCCUGAUAGCUAGUACUUGGUUCGUGUAGUUAUUGCCACUCUGCUAUUAUAUAAUUCUGAGGUGCAUUCUUUCAUUCA